AUAAAGCAAGAGCAGGAAUGCUGCUCCCCAGAUAACAAGGCUUUUUGCACUUCUUCUCAUCCUUAGUAUAGUUUUCAUGAAUUCCUAGUGGAAAUGUUGGGAAUCAAGGCCCAGACCCAACCCAGAGGCCCAGGCCUCCAGUCACUGGCACUUACCUAAGGAAGAACCCAGGCAAACCGUAUCAGCACCUAACUGCAACAGGCAACUCGUCAGCUGGUCCCUCUGCAUGAGUUCGUUAGAGCUGACAGAGUUUGUUAGGAUAUUUUGUAACCCAAAAACCAUUAUAAAUAUGGGUUGGCCGAAUGAAAGGAUAUGCAAUUGAAUCCAUACUCUCUCUCUCUCUCUCUUCAUUUCUGCGCAGGAGGAAGGGUCUCUCUCAAAGAGACCCCUGAGGUGAGCAGUAUCUCAUCAAUUGGUAUCAGAGCCAGGUUGGCCAACCUGAACGAUCGAAGAUGACCAACACACGAUCAGUGACUCUGGACGAGAGGGUGGACAAGAUCAAAGUCGACCUCCACCAGGUGGUCACAGGGCUUAAGGAGAUCAAAGAAGCCAUGUCAGGAAAGCUACCCCCGCCAUAGGCCGAGAUAGUGACAAUGAAGAAUCUAGCUGGGGCAGCACCCGGAGGGGAAACUAUGUACUGGGAAGAAUCACCAAACUGGACUUUCCGAUGUUCUAUGGAGGAGAUCCGAUUCCCUGGAUCUUAAAGGCUGAGAAGUACUUCGAAUAUCAUGACAUACAGGGACUCCAGCGCAUGACCAUUGCUUCUUUCCAUCUGGAAGGGGAGGUGAUUCUAAGGUUCCAGUGGUUCAGGCACUCCCGUCCCCAAAUUUCAUGGCAAGAGUUCACGGAGGCGUUGUGCAUACGAUUUGGUCCUACUGUCUACGAUGACUACGACGAGAUGCUUUCCAGGGUAAAACAGAAGGGAACAGUACGGGACUACCAAGUCGAGUUUGAACGGCUUGCCACCAGAGUAUAUGGGUGGCCGGAAAAGGCACUGGUCGGUUGCUUUGUCGGAGGGUUGAGAGACGACAUCAAGGUAGAGGUGAAGGCCCUUCAGCCCAAUUCUCUGUCUGCAGCUGCAGGACUAGCAAGAUUGCAGGAGGAGUGACUCGACCGACUAAGGAAGGUGACGACCUGCCCAUCUGGGCCCCUGUUAAAAACUCCAUCACGUCAAGAUGGGCUUCUUCCUAGGCCCAUGACAGAACCUCUUCGACCUGUUGGGGAGACCACUCAGCCCACCCAAGGACCCACACCGCCAACUAAUAGCCCAGUCCCCUUCAAAUGCCUCUCUUGGGCUGAAAUGCAGGCCCGGCAUGAGAAGGGCCUGUGUUACAAUUGUGAUGAAAAAUUUGGGCCUGGUCACCGAUGCAAAACCCAGAGGAUGUUCUUGCUGCAAUGGGAGGAGACUGGAGGGGAAGAUGACGAGGAACUAGCUGAGGAGAGGAAGCCGGACAAUACCCAAUAUGACAACCCCGAGAUCUCUCUCUACAAGCUUUGACAAGGCUGGCAUCCCCCAAAUCUAUGAGGGUUGAAGGGAAUCUCAGGCUGCUGGGUAUCCGUUCUCAUAGACAGUGGGAGCACACUGAAUUUUGUCACACAAGUAUUGGCUCGCCAACUAGGUA